AUGAAGAGACAAAACCGAAGUGCUAUCACUGAGUUCAUCCUGGUGGGCUUCUCAAACCUGGGGGACCUGCAGAUCCUUCUCUUCAUUACCUUCUUACUCGUCUACCUGACCACUCUGUUGGCCAAUGCUACCAUCAUGACAGUCAUUCGCCUGGACAGGGAUUUACACACCCCUAUGUACUUCUUUCUCUUUGUCCUUUCCUGCUCUGAAACUUGCUAUACAUUGGACAUCGUGCCUAAAAUGCUAACCAACUUGCUGGUCACAGUUCCAAGUAUCUCUUUCUCUGGAUGUGCUGCCCAGCUCUAUUUUUUUGUGGGCUUAGCUUGUACCAACUGUUUUCUCAUUGCUGUGAUGGGCUAUGAUCGCUACGUUGCCAUCUGCAACCCUCUCAACUACACCCUCAUUGUCAGUCGAGCUGCCUGCCUGCAGCUGGUUCUAGCCUCCAGCUUUUGUGGUUUCCUGAUCUCUGUGGCUGUCAACAUCCUGGUGUUUACAGUGCCAUUCUGUGCCUCCAAUCGGGUCAACCACUUCUUCUGUGACAUUUCCCCGGUCAUAAAACUGGGCUGCACAGACACCAACUUGAAGGAAAUGGUCAUCUUCUUCCUCAGCAUUCUGGUAUUGUUGGUUCCCUUUGCGCUGAUCUUCAUUUCCUAUGUCUUCAUUGUUUCCACCAUCCUCAAGAUCUCCUCAGUAGAGGGACAGCACAAAGCCUUUGCCACCUGUGCCUCCCAUCUCACAGUAGUUAUUGUCCACUGUGGCUGUGCUUCCUCUAUCUACUUGAGGCCCACAUCCCUGCACUCCUCAGACAAGGAUCUGCUUGUAGCAGUGACUUUAUACAGUGAUUACUCCACUUCUCAACCCCCUUGUCUAUACUCUGAGAAAUAA